AUGACUAGACUACAUAAAUUAUGUGCCAUUUUUUUAUUCAAAAUUAUUUUGAUACAUCUUGCAAACCAGCAAACAUAUAAUUGUUUAUCAGCGAGUUCAUGUGGAUGUUCAGCUAAUUCAGCUAUUUUAACAAAAAUUGUUGGAGGAGAAUCAGCUUCCAGUCAAACAUGGGGAUGGGCUGCAUCUCUUCGUUAUGCAUCUAGUGAUUCACAUUUUUGUGGUGGUUCAAUCAUAACUAAUUCACAUAUUCUAACUGCUGCUCAUUGUACUGUAAAUUUACAAUCACCUGCUUCGAUUCUUGUUUAUGUCGGAUCAAUAUAUUUAUCUGUAAAAAUUCAAGUACGUGGUGUUUCAAAAAUAUAUGUUCAUCCAAAUUAUUCGCACGUUACUUAUGUCAAUGAUAUUUCCAUACUUAAAUUAUCAUCUACAUUAAAUCUUGAUCAAAUUGGUGUUGAUCUUGUUUGUUUACCUAACGUGUCAUCAAGUAUACUUGCUACUACAGAAUAUCCAGCAAUUGAUACCAAUCUUAUUGCCAUCGGUUGGGGUUAUAUAUCUGAACGAUUUGCUGUAGUGUCUAACACACUUCAACAAGUAACAAUUAAAGUAAUAGCUGCAACUAGUGGCUAUUGUAAAAAUGUAAACAUUGAUGAUUCAUCUAAACAGUUUUGUGCUGGAAUAAUGCCUACUGGUGGUAAAGACACAUGUCAAGGUGACAGUGGAGGGCCAUUAUUAAUGUUUACUUCCAAUAAUGUUUGGGAACAAGUUGGAAUAACUUCAAGUGGCAUUGGAUGUGCAAGAGCUAAUUAUCCUGGUAUUUAUACACGAGUCGCAGCUUAUCAAUCAUGGAUAAAUAUAACAGUUAAUAAGGCAAAUAAUGUAUCGUUUGUUACUUAUAUGAUUUUCAUUCAAAUGAUUGCAUUAAUUUUAUUUUAUUGCUAA